CCUGGCUCCUGCUCUCCGCCGCGGCUACCCACGCCGCCUCCUUGUCCCCUCGGGCGCUGGGGGUCGCGCAGGGCGGGACAUGGGUGACCGGAAGUGGAAGCUGUGAACGUCGCCGCCCGGGGCGCCGAAGCUCCAGGCGCCGUCGGGGCCGCCGCGACGCACGCAUGGAGAGCGCUGGGCUCUGGGUUGCGCACCGACGGCUAACCGGCACGCACGGGUUCUGCCGGGCGCCGGCUGUGCAGAACCGACCGGCCUGUCGGGGCGCGGGAACAUGAGGCUAGGCCCGGAGCCCUCAGUGGGCGAGGCGCGCGGUGUGCGGGCCUACCCCGGUCGCGGGUGAACGGUGCAGAGCCCCGGGACUCGCCCGUCAUUGGCAGCGGCGGCAUGGUCUUCUGUCUGGACAACGAGCAGCCACGCCUCCCGCUGCGAAGCGCCAUGGUCCACUUCCAGGCCUCAGAAGUCCAGCAGCUGCUACACAACAAGUUCGUGGUCAUCUUGGGGGACUCAAUCCAGCGGUCUGUGUACAAGGACCUAGUGCUCUUGCUCCAGAGGGACUCCCUGCUCACAGCUGCUCAGCUGAAAGCCAAGGGGGAGCUGAGCUUUGAACAGGACCAACUGGUGGCUGGGGGUCAGCUGGGCGAACUGCACAACGGGACACAGUACCGGGAGGUCCGCCAGUUCUGCUCGGGUUCUGGCCACCACCUUGUGCGCUUCUACUUCCUCACCCGCGUUUACUCCGAGUACCUCGAGGGCGUCCUGGAGGAGCUGACAUACGGGCCUGCCCCGGACCUGGUGAUCAUCAACUCCUGCCUCUGGGAUCUCUCCAGGUAUGGCCGCUGCUCAAUGGAGAGCUACCGAGAGAACCUGGAGCGGGUGUUUGUGCGCAUGGACCAGGUGUUGCCAGACUCUUGCCUGCUGGUGUGGAACAUGGCAAUGCCCUUGGGAGAGCGCGUCACUGGGGGUUUCCUUCUGCCAGAGCUCCAGCCCCUGGCAGGGUCUCUGCGGCGGGAUGUGGUUGAAGGGAACUUCUACAGCGCAACGCUGGCCGGGGACCACUGCUUUGAUGUCCUGGACCUCCACUUUCAUUUCCGGCAUGCAGUACAGCACCGUCACCGAGACGGUGUCCACUGGGACCAGCAUGCCCACCGCCACCUCUCACACUUGCUUCUGACCCACGUGGCCGACGCCUGGGGUGUGGAGCUGCCCCAGCGUGACUAUCCUUCUGACCCAUGGAUUGAGGACUGGCCAGAGCCGGAUCAUCCGUUCCAGGGGAGCCAUGGGCAGCCCCCAGACUUCGGGGAGCAGCUGUGUUUGCCCCCACCCCAGCCUUCUCCUCUGCCCCCUCCCAUACCUUUCCCCUACCCCAUUCCUCAGCCCUCGCCGCCUCCCCUGUUUCCACCCCUGCCCCAGGACACCCCCUUUUUCCCAGGCCAGCCCUUCCCAGCCCAUGAAUUCUUCAGUUAUAAUUCAACAGAAGACUUCUCGAUGUCACCCCACUUAGGAUGUGGCCCUGGAGUGAACUUUGUGCCUGGCCCCCUGCCACCUCCAGUCCCUGGCCCUGUCCCCCAUGGUCAGCACCGGGGCCCAGUGGUCCACCGGGGGAUGCCACGCUGUGCUCCCAGCAGCCCUUACCAUGUGCCGAGGAUGGGGGGGCCCUGCAGACAGCGGCUCAGACACUCAGACAGACUGAUCCACACAAACAAACUGGACAGACAGCCUCCUGCCCAUUCGGGGACAUGGCCUGGGUAGACUGGAUCUUGGGCUGGGGCUGGAUGUGCCGAUGGCCCUGCAGGGCCUGCUUGCCACCCCCGGUGCUGGGUCAGGGUGUCUGUUAUGCCUGACAUUGUUCUUGUCCAUUGCUGUCACUAAAUAAAGGCGUGGAAGAACAGA